AUGGUGUGUUUUUUUGCAGUGAGUGGAGUGACUUCUGCUCCCAGACUCCCUGAGCUGAGAAUUGUGCUGCUGGGGAGGUCUGGAGCAGGGAUAAGUGCAACAGGAAACACCAUCCUGGGGAGAAGGGAGUUUAAGUCUGCCGUUUGCAUGUCAUCAGUAACCCAGCAGUGUCAGAGGGCAAGAGGAGAGGUGGAUGGGAGAAGGGUUUCAGUGAUUGACAUUCCAGGGUUGUUUGACAUGUGCAUCCACGAUCAGGACAUUAUCAGGGAGACUAAAGAAAGUAUCUCCCUGUCUGUCCCUGGACCCCAUGUGUUCCUGCUUGUCCUUCAACUGGGUAAAGUCCCUGAGGAUGAGAGGGAUAUGAUGGAGGUGAUUUUGAAUAUUUUUGGUCAGAAUAUUCAAAAAUACACAAUGGUGCUGUUCACACAUGGAGAUUGCCUUGAAGGUAUUCCUGUAGAGGAGUAUCUGCAGGGCAGCCCUGAGCGUCUGGAGCUCAUCAGACACUGCCAUGGUGGAUAUCAUGUGUUCAACAAUAGAAAGAGGCAUGACCGAACCCAGGUCACAGAGCUGCUGGAGAAGAUUGACAGGAUGGUGGAGAGGAAUGGAGGAGGCCACUAUACCAGUGAGAUGCUCCAGGCAGCUGAGAGAGCAGAACAGGAGAGAGAGCUCAGAGCAGAGCAGGCCACGGGAAAAAGAAUGUAG